AUGGACUACCACUUCCCCAAACCACCACGCUCCCUCGCCGGGAAAGUGGCCAUCAUCACGGGCGCCGGGGCCCACGGCGACGGAAUCGGCAACGGCCGUGCGUCGGCCAUCCUCCUCGCGGACGAAGGCUGCCGGGUGGUCUGCGUCGACCGCGACGUCGGGCUGGCGCAGCGCACGGUCGAGAUGAUCGAGGCCGAGCGGGGGGGACACACGACAGAGGGGCCGGCGGUGGCCAUCGCGGUACAGGCCGACGUGACGGACGAGGCGCAGUGCCAGAAGACCGUGCAGACGGCAUUGGACACAUACGGGCGGCUGGACAUCCUGUUCAACUGCGUGGGCAUCGGCGGCGCGGCCGGCACGGCGGUCGACGUGGACAUGGUGGCGUGGGCCAAGUCGAUGGAGGUCAACGUGGCCAGCAUGGUGAUGAUGGCCAAGUACGCGAUCCCGGCCAUGGCGCGCAACGACGACGCCUGGGGCUACCGCGGCAGCAUCAUCAACAUGGGCAGCGUGGCCGGCCUGCGCGGCGGCACGCCGCACCUGCUCUACCCGACCAGCAAGGGCGCCGUGGUCAACAUGACGCGUGCCAUGGCCGCCCACCACGCCGCCCAGGGCAUCCGCGUCAACUGCGUGUGUCCCGGCAUGGUCUACACCCCGAUGAUGUACGCCGGCGGCAUGAGCGACGAGGCCCGCGAGGCCCGCCGAAACCGCAGCCUGCUCAAGACCGAGGGCAACGGCUGGGACGUGGGCUGUGCCGUCCGCUUCCUUGCAGGGCCCGAGGCCAGGUGGAUCACGGGCUUGAUCUUGCCCAUCGACGCCGGUGUCACCGCCGCCGUCGGCACAGAUAUUCCACGGUCAGCCAGUGUCAAUGGUUGA